GAAGGAGAGUGAUGGCUGGUGUGACAAGCUCUUCAGCCUUCGUAAUCAAACAAAAAUGGUUGACCUGCUUCGAGUCUCCCUCUUUGGUUUCUCUGCUAGUAAUUAAGAGACUGUGUAUUCCACAAGCAUUCAUGCACACAAGAUCAUGCUUUUGAUGAAUUCAGCUGUCAGCAGAAGACAAGUUCAACUUCUUCAAGCAAGUCGUCUCUUAGCAUUCUAAAACCUGAGUUCCAAUCUGUCUUCUUCACUCUCGUCCUUCGUGAUCGAGUAAAUAUGGAGCUGCUUUAUGUUGGCAAAGUCCUUCGCUCGAAUAUAACAGGAUUAUCAUCAACAUAAUAGUCCUAUUUCGAACUGCACAAGGAAAAGUCGUUAUGGUGUCAACUUGAUCAGUGUGGAAUCCAUGGAAUCUGAGACUACGACAGAUCCGUAGCCAAAUUUCCAAAGUUCAGCAAUCCAAUCACUCUCAGUGCAGCUCUCCCAGUCAUCGCAUAGUUAAUUCAUUGAUUCGAGACACCUUCCUCUCCUCCUCCUCCUAUAUCGAGAUUCAGUUAUCAGUUGGUCUGCGCCCCAACGUACUCUCGAGGGAAACGGCGGGGAAGAGCUGACGAUGGACAACUACGAGAAGGGAGUGGCAGAGCAGGAGGAGGGAGGAGAGGGGACGGCGGUGGAGCGGGCGUUCGAGUGGCAGCGGGUGCCGCCGUUGCGGGAGCAGCUGACGGCGCGGGCGCUGGCGGUGAGCUUCCUGCUCUCGGUCAUGUUCAGCGUGAUCGUGAUGAAGCUGAACCUGACCACCGGCAUCAUCCCCUCCCUCAACGUCGCCGCCGGCCUACUCGGCUUCUUCUUCGUCAAGCUCUGGACCAAGGCCCUGCAGCGCGCCGGCCUCCUCCGCACCCCCUUCACCCGCCAGGAGAACACCGUCAUCCAGGCCUCCGUCACCGCCGCCUCCGGCCUCGCCUUCAGCGGCGGCUUUGGAAGCUACCUGUUUGGCAUGAGUUCAGUGAUCGCCAAGCAAGCAACAAAAUUAAAUGAUUCACAGAAUAUAAAGGACCCAAAUUUAGGAUGGAUGAUCGGGUUCAUGUUUGUCGUCAGCUUUCUUGGGCUCUUUACUCUCGUUCCCCUCAGAAAGAUAAUGAUUAUUGACUACAAGCUGAUCUAUCCAAGUGGCACUGCAACUGCGUACCUCAUCAAUAGCUUCCAUACUCCUCAGGGUGAAAAGCUGGCCGGGGAACAAGUAGGGACGUUAUGCAAGUCCUUUGCCUGUAGCUUCCUAUGGGGAUUCUUUCAGUGGUUUUAUUCGGCUGGGAAAGACUGCGGAUUCAGAGCAUUCCCUACGUUCGGUCUUAAAGCUUAUGAGAACAAGUUUUACUUCGAUUUUUCUGCAACCUAUGUUGGAGUUGGAAUGAUCUGCCCACAUAUUGUGAACCUAUCUCUGCUCCUGGGAGCCAUCCUUUCAUGGGGAAUCAUGUGGCCUCUUAUAAGCAAUCAAAAGGGCCACUGGUAUCCAGCAGAUGCUCGACCAGACAACCUCCAUGGGUUGCAGGGUUACAGGGUCUUCACAGCCGUUGCCUUAAUUCUAGGAGAUGGCCUCUACAACUUCCUCAAGGUCUUACGUCGAACCACAUCCUCCUUCAUUUCUGCUGUGCUCAAAGGCCUACCCAUCUCGGAUGAUGAACGUGCCCCGAAAAAUCUUGCCAUCUCGUUUGAUGAUGAAAGGCGAACCGAGGUGUUCGUCAGAGAUCGCAUACCUCCGUGGGUAGCAUAUGGAUGCUACGUCGUAAUCGCCACCCUCUCCAUUUCUACGGUUCCUCUCAUCUUUCCUCCGCUCAAGUGGUACCAUAUCUUGGUCGCCCAUGUCUUCGCCCCAGUAGCUGCUUUCUGCAAUGCCUAUGGCUUCGGCCUCACAGAUUGGAGUCUGGUAUCCACCUAUGGGAAGCUUGCCAUUUUCGUGUUUGGAGCUUGGGCAGGCGCCGACCAUGGCGGUGUGCUUGCAGGCCUUGCGGCCUGCGGCCUCAUGAUGAUUGUCGUCGCCACUGCUUCAGAUCUCAUGCAGAACUUCAAGACCGGAUACCUAACACUAGCUUCUCCCAGGUCGAUGUUCGCGAGCCACGUCAUCGGCACUGCCAUGGGUUGCGUGAUCGCUCCCUGUGUUUUCUGGCUUUUCUACAAGGCCUUCGAUGACAUCGGCAGUCCCGGCAGUCAAUACCCAGCACCUAAUGCUCCCAUCUACCGCGACAUGGCGAUCCUCGGAAUUGAUGGCUUCUCGUCACUUCCAAAGCACUGCCUCUCUCUCUUCUACUUGUUCUUCGCGCUCGCUAUCGCCAUCAACUUGGCGAAGGACGUGUCGCCCAACAGGAUAGCAAGGUUUAUCCCAAUCCCAAUGGCGAUGGCUAUACCUUUCUACAUCGGAGCAUCCUUCGCCAUCGACAUGUGCAUCGGAAGCGUGAUACUGUACGUGUGGACAAAGAUGAACAAGGGCAAGGCGUCUGCGUUUGGUCCUGCCGUGGCCUCCGGUUUGAUCUGCGGCGAUGGGAUGUGGGGUGUCCCUCAAGGAGUGCUUGCUCUGGCUCAGGUGAAUCCGCCAAUGUGCAUGAAGUUUGUCCAUGGAGAAUGAAUGGCCAAGAAGAUGUUCGCAUCGUCACCUUAUCUCCAACUUUCCUCCUCGGUGGCAAACGAGAACGAAACAGGACACACAGUGGAUUUCCAUCCCAUCCAUAUAUCCACUGAAUUCGCCUGUGUUCAUCAGUCUCAUGUAUAUAUUAUAUAUCAAAUAAGGUUUUGAACUUUCAGUAUUUGAUAUACAGGUGUGACAUAUCACUAUUAGAUGAAUAUAAAUAUUUACCUCUUAUUUUUC